GGGAUGUUAUGGUUGUUUUUUUUUUUUGGCCCAGAAGCGUUUAUGAAAUACUUACAUUUUACAUGAAUAUGUUGGUCGUAGUUGGUCAUACUGUUCUCUAGACUGAAUAAACUGGUAUUGUUUUUGUUUCCUUAUUACUGAAUGCUUCCACCGGAAGUGUCAUGGUUCUCCUCAGGGAAGGUCUGUGUCCAGGGUUGAGUGAAGACCUCAUCAAGGUUCUACAUGAAGGAGAUGUUAGAACAGUUGAGGACCUUAUAUUGUCUGACCCAGAACAACUGGCCCUGAAAUGCUCAGUGUCUUAUAAGGCCUUGGUAGCAGUUCGACGUGUGCUCCUGGCUCAGCACGCGGCGUUUCCUGUCUCAGGAGCCGACCUGUACGACGAGCUGCUGAGCUCCACUUCUAUUCUGUCCACCGGAAUCACCAGUGUGGACAAGCUGCUUGACUCGGGUCUGUACACAGGUGAGAUCACUGAACUGUGUGGAGGACCAGGAACAGGUAAAACACAGACGUGCUUCAGCGUAGCCGUCCACGUUGCCCAAGAGCUCAAGCAGAAGGUAACGUACAUCGACACAAACGGAGGACUGUACGCUAAACGUCUGCUUCAGAUUCUCCAGCAGAAAACCGGCAAUACAGCAGAGCAGAUGAACGCUCUUCAGCGGAUCGACGUGCUCCGAGUGUUUGACAUCUUCACCUUGCUGUCCUGCCUUCAAAACCUAAGAGCCAGCAGCCUCCAGAAGGGAUCGGUCGGUGUUGGUGGUUCAGUCAAAGCCGUGAUUGUGGAUUCCGUCUCGGCCGUGCUCUCACACAUGCUUGGAGGGAAACAGAAUGAAGGUAUGUCCUUGAUGAUGCAGGUGGCUACAGAGCUGAAAAUAAUCGCCAAAGAAUUUAACGUAGCCGUUCUGGUGACCAAUCAUGUGACACGAGACGGGAACAAUCAGCCGAAGGCAGGACUGGGGCAUUCAUGGAGUCACGUUCCACGCACACGAAUCCUCCUUCAGCGAACCGAGCAGCCCGGAGCUUCUUCCAGCUCACGUACUGCGACUCUUCUUAAAUCCUCUCGGCGGCCCUGCUACCUGAUGGAGGAGUUUGAUUUGAGCCCACAGCCUCAGGAAGAGUCACGACCUGGGUUUGCUGGGAAGAGAAAACUGGACGCUGAUUCAUAAGAAGCUGCACUGCUAACAUUUAGGUCAGGACGGUUCUGUCUUUCAGCAAGGGGGAACCACUCUUCUUUUCCUGAUGCACUGCCAGAUCCAGUUGGAGCUGACUUUCUGGGCUUGACUGUUCUCCUCUGGCUCGGCUAGCGUGUGUGUUGCAGAGGCG